AUGGUAGAACCAAAGGUAGAACUUGCAUCGAUCUCGCUCUUCCGCGCAACGCCUGCGCAGAUUAAGGAGACACGAUGCCGAAGAUGGCCGCACUUGGGUGGUACUCUGAGUCUUGCGGAGUACAUUAAGCGAGAUGAAGAGAUGGAUGUUCUAGAGCACGCAAGGGAAGGGAAAAUGAUCACCUGGGUACUGGCACCACGGGAGGACCCCAUGACACUCGAUUUCAUGUGUGCUUGUAGGACAUACAAGCGAGCAAGCCUCGUUGCUUACCCUCCUUCCUCUGCUUCUGAACCCAACACAGUGCACGAAACAACCUCAUACGGCAUCGCUGCGGUCUUCACCCCACCCUCAAAACGCGGGCGCGGCUAUGCAGGGCACAUGAUGCGUCUUCUACAUUGGGUGAUUGCCUCACGUGAUAAUCUUCCUGAAUUCCCAGAGGCAUGGGGCACACCACCAGAAGAGGUAGCGGAUGCUGGCGGGGGGCUAUUCUCGGUGCUAUGGAGUGAUGUUGGUGAGGAAUUUUACCGCUCAUCGGGCCCUGGGGGUGAAGGAGACGGAUGGGAGAAGCGGGGUCCGGUGUCGACUGUAUGGGAGGUAGGCACGGAGGAGGGGGAUGACGAGGGAUGGAAGUGGCUGACGCAGGAGCAACUGAAGGGUCUUUGGGACCACGAUGCUGAGCUAGAGAACAUGCUGGUGGAGAACGGGCUGUACGAGGUGGCGCGCCCAACGGCACUCGUGACGUGCUUGCCAACAAAUGGUGUCGCAGCAUUCCAAAUCCCUCGGGCAACGUACGGCUCGAACUUUUCUAUGGCGGGCGGAUUCUGGGGUGUACAGUCCUUGAGUAACCCAGACACAUACGCAAGCUGGAGUGUUGAAAUGCAGCCCUCCACGCCAACGCUGAUCAUCACGCGGCUCUGGGCCAGCGAGGACACGUUUCCUGGAUUGAUCGCAAAGAUCAAGCAGUUGGCUAGACGAAGUGGAAUUCGGAAAGUGGAGGUGUGGAAUUUGCGAGUAGGAUUGAGCGACGUUGCGGAGAAGACGGGUGGACGGACCUUCAUACGAAGCGAACAUUUGCCACAGAUUAUGUGGUAUGGACCUGGGACGACAAAGAACGCGGAGUGGGUACAUAACGAAAAGUAA